AUGGCUCUGAGUGGAAACUGUAGUCGUUACUAUCCUCGGGAACAAGGGGCCGCAGUUCCCAACUCCUUCCCUGAGGUCAUAGAGCUGAAUGUUGGGGGUCAAGUUUAUUUCACUCGUCAUUCCACAUUAAUUAGCAUCCCCCAUUCCCUCCUGUGGAAAAUGUUUUCCCCAAAGAGAGACACAGCUAACGAUCUGGCCAAGGACUCCAAGGGAAGGUUUUUCAUCGACAGAGAUGGAUUCUUGUUCCGUUAUAUUCUGGACUAUCUCAGGGACAGGCAGGUGGUCCUGCCUGAUCACUUUCCAGAAAGAGGAAGACUGAAAAGGGAAGCUGAGUACUUCCAGCUCCCAGACUUGGUCAAACUCCUGACCCCAGAUGAAAUCAAGCAAAGCCCAGACGAAUUCUGCCACAGUGACUUUGAAGAUGCCUCCCAAGGAAGUGACACGAGAAUCUGCCCCCCUUCCUCACUGCUCCCUGCUGACCGUAAGUGGGGUUUCAUUACUGUGGGUUACAGGGGAUCCUGCACCUUGGGCAGAGAGGGGCAGGCAGAUGCCAAGUUUCGGAGAGUUCCCCGGAUUUUGGUUUGUGGAAGGAUUUCCUUGGCAAAGGAAGUCUUUGGAGAAACUUUGAAUGAAAGCAGAGACCCUGACCGAGCCCCAGAAAGAUACACCUCCAGAUUUUAUCUCAAAUUCAAGCAUCUGGAAAGGGCUUUUGAUAUGUUGUCAGAGUGUGGAUUCCACAUGGUGGCCUGCAACUCUUCAGUGACAGCAUCUUUUGUCAACCAAUAUACAGAUGACAAGAUCUGGUCAAGCUACACUGAAUAUGUCUUCUACCGUGAACCUUCCAGGUGGUCAUCUUCCCACUGUGACUGCUGCUGCAAGAACAGCAAGGGUGACAAAGGAGGGGAGAGUGGCACAUCAUGCAACGACCUCUCCACCUCCAGCUGCGACAGCCAGUCUGAAGCCAGCUCUCCCCAAGAGACGGUCAUCUGUGGGCCUGUGACACGCCAGACCAACAUCCAGACUCUGGAUCGUCCCAUCAAGAAGGGCCCAGUCCAGCUGAUCCAACAGUCAGAGAUGCGGCGGAAGAGUGACCUACUCCGGACUCUGACUUCGGGCUCCAGGGAGUCGAACAUGAGCAGCAAAAAAAAAGCUGUUAAGGAAAAGCUGUCAAUUGAGGAGGAGCUGGAGAAAUGCAUCCAGGAUUUCCUAAAGAUCAAAAUUCCAGAUCGGUUCCCCGAGAGAAAGCAUCCUUGGCAAUCUGAACUUUUACGGAAGUAUCAUCUAUAG